CUGCGUGCGGAGGGGGGGCUGUCAACUGUCAUAACUCGUACGUCAAGGCGCCGGAAUUUCGACGCGAAACGUGCCAUUUUUAAACUGAGACAAAAGAAAUGUCGGACGACGAGGACGUGCCGUAUAUCAAAAAACCCAGGAACAUCCACUAUGGGUCGCUAGAGGAGGCGGAAAGGGCCAGGUUAGCGGCGGCGGAGGCAAACGAAGACAGCAAUGAAAAGGGGGAGAGCUCGGCGGCGAACCCGCCACAAGUACACAUUUCCACAGAAUACAUGGAACUCGAAGAUGCCAUGUCCCGCGACAAACAAGCCCUCCUCGAGGAGUUCGAACGCCGCCGCAAAGCCCGCUCCAUCAACGUCUCGACCGACGACGCCGAAGUAAAACGCAACCUCCGCCAACUAGGCGAACCGAUUUGCCUGUUCGGCGAAGGUCCCCCAGACAGACGCUCCCGUCUCCGGGAAAUUUUAAGCCGCAUCGGCGAAGACGCCGUCAUCCGGCGAGAAGCAGAAGAAGAGCGCAAACAGUUCGAGAAAGACCUCGAAACCACCUGGUACCACGAAGGACCAGAAUCGCUGCGAAUCGCGAGACUAUGGAUAGCCAAUUACUCCUUACCGAGGGCGAAAGCGCGGCUGGAAGCCACCAAAAACACGACCGACUUACCCACAGCAACCAAGACCGCUAAAAAACAAGAAAUCCAGAAGAAGCUACAAAUUAUGACGAUUUAUUCGAGCCAGAUCGGGGACACACGGCCGAUUUCGUAUUGUCAGUUCAGCCCGGAUUCAAAGCUUCUGGCCACGGCGUCUUGGAGUGGGUUGUGUAAAGUGUGGUCAGUGCCGGACUGCACCCUCAAACAGACACUGAAAGGGCACGCGUGCAAUGUCGGAGCUAUUAUUUUUCACCCGAAGGCGACGAUCAGUCAAGAGGAGAAUAUUUGCAAUAUGGCGUCGUGUGCCGGGGAUGGUUCUGUAAAACUGUGGGAUUUUCAAAACGAAGAACCAAUAGCGGAUAUUGAAGGACACAUGCCACAUAGGGUCUCUAGGUUAGGUUUUCACCCCUCUGGACGUUUUUUGGGGACGUGCUGCUUUGACUGUUCUUGGAGGCUGUGGGAUUUGCACCAAUGUACAGAAGUGUUGCAUCAAGAAGGCCACGUUAAACCGGUUUAUUGCAUAUCGUUCCAGAUAGACGGGUCGGUUUGCGCUACAGGAGGCCUCGAUUCCUUCGGCCGCGUCUGGGACCUGCGCACCGGAAGAUGCAUAAUGUUCAUGGAAAGCCACCUCAAAGCCAUCCUAGGAAUCGACUUCUCCCCCGACGGCUACCACAUAGCCACCUCCAGCGAGGACAACACCUGCAAAAUCUGGGACCUGCGCAAACGGUCCGUGUUAUACACGAUCCCCGCGCACACCAACCUCAUCUCCGACGUGAAAUUCCAAAGAGACGGCGGCGAUUACUUAAUAACUUCGUCGUACGACGGCACCGCCAAACUAUGGACCAACCGAACCUGGCAGCCCCUGAAAACGCUCUCAGGCCACGACGGGAAAAUCAUGUCGGUGGAUAUUUCCACCGACAACCAGUACAUAGCGACCAGUUCGUACGACAGGACGUUUAAAUUCUGGGCGCCCGAGGAACAGAAAUAAUGUAUAUUUUAAGAUUUUUGUACAACAGUUUUAAAUAUAAUUAUUAGGUUAAUUUAAUUCGA